AUGCUCAAGUGGCUGAGUGAUGUUGCCUCUACAAAGGUCAUAGCUGAGAAAGGCGAAGAUGACCGAGAAGGCAUUGACGGCAAUGACGAUAUCAUGAUGAUCGACUUGAUACUUGCCGAGGUGGAAGCGAAAGUGGCCGAAUUCGAAACCGAGCAGGAACUCCGAAAAUCUCAAGAGUGUCUACAGAAGCGUAUUCCUGACUACUCAUGGCUAAUUAGUGACGUGUCGCAAAAACCGAAGAAAUAUUUGACAAUGACUGAGCGUAGUCGAUUGACCAGAGCAUGCGAGCGAAUUCGAGCUGACGAAUGGUCGAAGCUGAUCAACCUGUGGAAAGCACGCUCAAAGACGGUUUCUUCGCGUAAUCAUAUCUUCGAUUGCUUCAUCUCGUCCGUUCACGAAGUGAUUCUCUCACGACCACGUGCAGCCGGUGUGGGUGACGUCGUCAGGAAGUACAUCAGAAGCGCAAGCAGUGUGAAUGCGGUAUCCGAUUCUCCCCGACUCAAUGGUUCGGCUCAUUCACUGGGUCAUCUAUCAUUCCGCGAACUUAACGAUGUCGUUUGA